ACGUCUCGAAGUGAAGAAGCGCUGGCACAAGAUAUUUUUUGCCCGUGCGGAAAUUUUAUCUCGUGCGUAAAAAAAAAAAACAAUUUUGGAUUCAGUGAAGUGAAAAAUUUUUUUUACUACUGUGUGAUAAAAAAUAGUUUAUAGAAACAUGAAUAGUGAUACUUGUGAACUAACAUAUAUUAAAGACGCCAUGUCCGGAUCCGAGAAGGACGCCGGGUUCUGUAGUGGAGAGGACGAGAACCUGCACUCACCUAGCGGCUCUGAGGACAGUGUGGAGGUCCAAAUUUCCCCUAUUUCUCUGCGGAACAAGCGGAAACUCGCCGAGCCUAAGAAGAACUGCAAGUCUGACGCACCGAAUCGUCCGUUGAAGAAGCGUCGGUUCAUCGAGCGCUCUACUGGCUCCCCCUUCCGACCUUGGAGCUCCCCUCAUCCUGACAAGGCUGCCGAGGACAUGCAAGAAGAGCGCUGGCAUCUCGAAGAAGAGCGUCGACGCAGCGAAGAAUCCCAGCGACUCUACGAGGAACGAAUCCAUGCUCAAGUCCUCGCUAGGCUUCAGUCAGUCCCUAGCGCUCCCUUCCCUUCUACCCGGGCCCAAAAUUCUGGGCCAGUGAGUCCCAUCCCCACCACACGGUCCCACUCCUCUCCCGUGAGUUCCAUCCCUACUCAGGCCCCAGUCUCUGGCCCACUGAGUCCUCUCCCCACUAGUCUCACCUCCCACUCUACUCGAUUAAGUCCCACUCCCACAACUAGACUCCCCCACUCCUUGGCAAGGACCAAGCAACGCUAUGAAGACUUCCCCCACCAAGAAGAGCCACUAGCUCUAGUUCUCCGUGGAGAUGCACGUGUUCCAGCUCACCCAGGAGUCACAGAGGUUCCUUAUGAGGACAAACGUUCGCUCAAUAGCCAAAAUUACGACAGAAUAACUAGUAAUAAAUUAAUCCCUAGCAGUCGGAUGUCUUGCACAAGUCAGGCGAUGUCUUCCACGAGCAACGGAAUGUCCGAGCAAUCGAACCCUCCAGGACAGAGGAACUACAAAAAUAUGACGAGAGAGCGCAGGAUUGAAGCCAACGCACGGGAACGCACGCGGGUUCAUACCAUCAGCGCGGCUUUUAAUACUCUGAGGAAGUCCAUACCUGCGUAUUCACACAACCAGAAAUUGUCAAAGCUCUCGGUGUUGAGGAUCGCCUGCAGUUACAUUAUGACUCUCAGCAAAAUUGUUGGAGAGGGGGAAGAAGAGUUGGAGGGGAGAGACAAGAAUAGGGGCAUGGAACUAGGGGAAUGUGUGGAUCUAGUUUCGAGAACGAUACAGACUGAGGGGAAGUUGAGGAAGAAAAAAGAAGAUUAGAAAAGUCGAGGGAGACGAGAAGUAGGAACUGGUGUCUCAUUGUGGUGUCUAGUGAUUUUUUUUUAAGUAGGAUCUUUUAAUUUUAUAAAUCUGAUGAAUGAAACUAUUUUAAAAGUCUAGUGACUUUUAGAGAGUGAUUUUGAGGACUAUUGUUGUUUAUCACUGGAAUUUCUCUAGAAGUUUGAUAAAACUAGGGAAUUUCUUGGGAUUUUUGUGGAAAAUUCUAAAUGUAUAAUUAUAAUUAAAAUUAUCUCUAGAGAAUUCGCCGGGAAAAUUUUAUAGUAACUUUUUUGUCACUGAAAUUUUUAUGAGUUGAAGAAAUGAGGAAAAUUACCAGGGAAUUUUUCAUUGAUCUCGAAAAGUUCAGAAAAGACUCUAGUGACUUUUGUCGUAUUUGGAAAAACGUAUGGGGAUUUUUCAGCUUCUAGGGAAUUUUAGAAAAUUAGUUUAGAAAAAUCAGGAAAAAUUACUAGGAAAUUCCCUAGAUCAAAUAAAUCUGGUGAUUUAGAACAGUAAUUUUUCUGGAAUUUCCGAAUUAUUUCUGCAAGAAAUUUCCACUAAAAAGUUAUCAACUAGAGUGAAAAAAUUUACCAUGAGAAUUUCCUAGAUCUUGUUCAUGCAGUAUUUUUUUUGCAACUUCAUUAAAAAAAUUCCAUUAAUUGUUUUAGACUCAAAAGUUACUGGAAAAUCCCCUAGAUUCUCACCUAGUAAUUUUUUAGGGAUUGUUCGAUUAAUACUCAACUUGAAAUUUAAAUUCAUCUCUAAAACCCCACAAUCUAUAGAAGUCUAGUAACUUUUCACAAAUCCAUCUAGGGAUUUUUCUAGAGAUUUCUCGAAAAUUUAUUGCAGGCAAAAGUUAUAGAAUACUAGAAAAUCCCUAGACGAAUAAAAUAUACUAGUGAAUUUUCAGAAUUUUUUAUGGGGAAUUUGAAAAAAAGCUAUAGACUUAAAAUGCUGAGAAAUUUAUUAAAACCGAAAAAUUUCCUAUAUUGUCACUUAGUAACUUUUCUCAGCGAUUUUGUUCAAGUACUACUCAACUUAAAUUUCAAAUUCUAUUGAAAAAUUCCCUAGCCUAUGAAAAUAUAGUAACUUUGCAUAGACUUAUACAUGGGAAUUAUUCUAGGGAAUUUUCGAAAAGUUAUUCUUGGCACAAGUUCAAUGCAUACUAUGAAAAUCCCUAGAUUAAUAUCUUCUAGUAACUUUUAAAGAUUUUUUGCAAAAAUUUUUCAAAGAAAAACUCGAGACUAAAAACAUUGAGAAACUUUGGAACCGAAAAAUUCCCUAUAUUUUCUGGAAACUUUUCCUAGUAAAUUUUUUCUAAGAAUUUAAAUUUCCGUGCCAUUUAAUCAGUGAUUUUUCUAAAAAAAAGCUCACUAGAAAUUUUUUUUUUUGUGGCCAAUUAUUUGAUCUGCGAUUUUUGAUUAUAAUUAUAUAUCGUAAUUAUUAUUAGUAAAUAUAUGUAAAAGAAUAAUUAUGAAUAAAUGCUUCCAGUUACAUAUUUUACAGACUGAAACGCCAAGUACAAAAAAAAAUUUUUUUUUGUAACCUAGUAAUUUUUUUUUUUUAUUAAUUAACUAUUCAAUGCAUUGUAAAUAUCCCAUUACUAUUAUUAUUACUAUUAUUAAUAUUAUUACUAUUAUUAUUAUUUUGCUAAAAAAAUGUGAUCGUC